AAUUUUGUUGAUGUUGAUAUUACAAUAUUGAUUUUCCCAGAUACUUUGUUUUAUUUGUUUUGUUGUUUGUAUUUAGUGAUAAGUAAUUCAGCCUAAAAAAUCAGGGGCGGGAUUAGACGCUCCCACACAUAUCGUCAUUAGCAUGGAAGACCAAUCAGAGAAGUGUGUCGAUCAUCUCCGCGCAGCGUCAGAGCAAUCAGAGACGCCGGUGUAUGUUUGAAUCUGCAUCCCGCGUUUCAGCACAAGACGUAGAAGUCAAAAAGUUUCAGGUUUCAUCUCUCUUGACUUGCCGUACUUUUCGAAGUGUUUCUAACCAGAGGAAGCUAGGACCAAAUACUUGCUAUCUAUUGUUGUUGCCUUUUAUAUUUAUUGGAAUAAGCUCUAGGUAACUGAGACUCUCAAGUUAAUCAAUUGGUCCAACCGUACUUGUUUCAUUUGUUGCUGUACCGAUGAGGAUAUACAGUAAACUUGGUUAUCAGUAAUUCAACUAAUGCUACUUUCUGUGGUCACAAAACUAAAAUCUUAAUUUCAGACAAUUAACCAGUGAAUUGUCUCGCUAGCCAGUUUCUGUUGGCUAAAAAUUAUAGGAUUUCUGUGGUCACCAUGGCGGAGGGAGUAUAUGGAGUGGGGUUAAAUUUAUUCACCUCUAGGGUUACAAAAAGGGUUAGCAAUGCGAAUGCUGCCCCAGCUGUAGCUGCAAAUAUGCGACGGAAAAGUCGACAAACAUGUCAAAGACGGGCCACUCAAAAUCGGGUGGUCCUGGAGAGAGUCCUGGGCAUCACCACGUCCAGUAGCAGUGGCCUGGCCUGUGACCCAAACACUGGCCUGGUUGCCUACCCUGCAGGGUGUGUUGCUGUGAUACUGCAUCCAAAGAAAAACAAACAGACCCACAUCCUCAACACUUCAAGAAAAACCUUCACUGCCUUGGCCUUCUCUCAAGAUGGAAAGUAUUUGGUCACUGGUGAGAGUGGUCACAUGCCCUGUGUGCGCGUGUGGGACGUGGCGGAGCGGGCGCAGGGGGCUGAGGUUCAGUGCCAUAAGUACGGGGUGGCGUGCGUGGCCUUCUCCACCAACAGCAGCUACAUCGUGUCUGUAGGCUACCAGCAUGACAUGACGGUCAGCGUCUGGGAAUGGAGGAAGGGGACCGUAAUCGCUUCCAACAAGGUGUCCAGCCGCGUUCUGUCCGUUUCCUUCUCCGAGGACAACAGCUACUUUGUCACUGCAGGAAACCGACACAUCAAGUUCUGGUACCUGGAUGCCUCUAAAGAGAAACGGGUGAACAGCACGGUGCCUCUGAUUGGCCGGUCAGGGCUGCUAGGUGAACAGAGGAACAGCACAUUCUGUGGCCUGUCGUGUGGGCGGGGCAACAUGGCCAGCAGCACCUAUUGCAUCACUUCUUCUGGUCUCCUGUGUCAGUUUAACAGCAGCAGGAUGCUAGAGGCCUGGGUAGAUCUCAAGACCGCCUCGGCUCGCUGUCUGUCUGUCAGCGAGGCAUUUGUCUUCUGCGGCUGUGCGGACGGGACCGUGCGGGUCUUCAGCCCCCAGAACCUCCAUUACAUCGCCACCCUGCACAGGCCACACUGUCUGGGGGUGGACGUCAGCCAGGGCCUCCAGCCGGGGCACCUGUUUUCGGCCAAUCCCAAGGCAGAGUACCCGGACACCCUGGCCCUGACCUUCGACCCCGUGACGCGUCACCUGACCUGCGUGUACAACGACCACAGUGUUUACGUGUGGGAUGUGCGGGACAUCCGGAACGUUGGGAAGGUCUACUCGGCCCUGUACCACAGCGGCUGCGUCUGGAGCGUGGAGACCUAUCCCGACAUGGAUCCGUCCCUGUCCUGUCUGCCCCGCGGCUCCUUCCUCACCUGCUCCUCGGACAACACCGUCCGGCUGUGGCACGGCGAGCCGGCGCCGGGACCCGGGGCUCUCCGCAACCUCUACAGCCAGGACCUGCUGAGGAUCGUUUAUGUCGGGGACGACACCCAGCACCUGCAGACCGAGGGGGAGAGAGGGGAGGGGGGCGUGGCGGACACCAAGGCUGGGAUCAGAGUCCUGGGCAUCAGCCCUGAUGGACAACACCUGGCUGCUGGUGACCGCAACGGAAACCUACAUAUCUUUGGUCUGCAGUUCAUGGAUCGGCUGCAGAAGAUCGAAGCUCACGAUUCUGAGGUCCUCUGUCUGGAGUUCUCCCCGACGGAGACCGGACUGUGUCUUCUGGCGUCGGCGAGUCGAGACCGUUUGAUUCACAUCUUCAACAUGAAGAGGAGCUACAGCCUGGAGCAGACGGUCUAUGACCAUUCAGCCUCCAUCACUGCCAUCAAGUUUACUGGUGUGAGCCCUGAGGUCCAGAUGGUGAGCUGCGGUGCUGAUAAAAGCAUCUACUUCCGCACCGCUGAACAGACGGCUGAGGGGCUGAACUUCUCCCGGAGCCACCACGUGGUGGAGAAGACCACCCUGUACGACAUGGACCUGGACGCCACACACACACACACUGCCAUCGCCUGCCAGGACCGCAAUAUCAGGGUGUACAACGUGAAGAGUGGAAAGAUGAAGAAAUGUUUCAAAGGUUCCACGAGUGACGAGGGAACCCUACUGAAGGUUCAGAUGGAUCCCUCUGGGACCUACCUAGCGACAAGCUGCUCUGACAAGAACAUCUGCAUCUUUGACUAUGAGUCCGGGGAGUGCGUGGCCACUUUGUUCGGACACUCAGAGAUUGUAACUGGGAUGCGGUUCAGCCAGGACUGCCGACACCUGAUCACCGUUUCUGGGGACAGCUGUGUAUUCUUGUGGAGGCUGGACUCUCAGAUGACCAACUGUAUGAGGAAGAGACUAGCAGAGAAGAAUCAGAGAUCUGUCCCGAAGACUGUUACCAGUGCCCCCAACAACCCGCACAUCAUCAGGAGAGAGACCUUCAUCACCCUGCCGUUGGGCCGCCUGUCCCAGAUAGAGGAUGAGGAGCCAAUGAGUGAAGAAGAGGAUCCCAGGACUCCUGCUCGAUGUGAUGUCACUUAUGACUUCCCCACCCUUGACCCCUUGGCUCCGCAGACAAACGGAAAACUGCCCAUGUGGGCCAGGAAACUGGGUUCUGUGGCCGGUACCACUGCCCCCCUGGCUACUGUGGAGCCCCUGCCAGCCCCCCUCCAACCCCGAGGCCGCUGGGCAGAGCAGAACCCCCUGGCCAUUCGAUCAGUCCUGGAGACGCACAGCCUGCAGCUCCCACUCUCACCAACACCCCACAGAGCGGUAGGAACCAGGCAGGAGGACGAGGACGAGGAGGAGGAUCCAUACUUCCACCCUCAGAGUCUGGACAGCCUGCUGGGAGAGGAAGAGCAGGAGGAGGAGGAGGAGGAGGAGGAAGAGCAGCAGGAGGAGGAAGAGGAGGAGGGAGGGGAAAAGGAAGAUGAAGACAAGAGGUCAGGUUCCCUGUCCCUGCCAGACAGUGAGGACCAGUUUGGCCCUGGCCUCAGCUCUCCAGAGAGAAGUGGCUACAUCCUCUACCCUGCCAACAGCACCGUGCUGUCUACUGGGGGCGCCGACGGUGAAUUUGAUCAGCAGCAUCGACGGCAGAAGGGCUGGGGAGGGGAGGAGCUAAGUCCAGACAGCGCCUGUUGUGUUGGCUCUGCAGAAAGCCAGGACCAGCCCCAGGACGAUACGGAUUCCUUGAGCCAAGUGAGCUCCGCCGGCAGCUCUGGAGUCGAGGAAGAGGAGGAUGAAGAUCCGCAGACACUCCUCAGACAGCAUUUCGACACCAUGGCCAACCACCUGAGCAACGAGGAGAAGUUUGAGACGGACUUGUCUGGCCUGCAGCCCCCUCCCUCGGAGACCCUCUUCCUCAACCCCCGACUCAGCAUCUCGACUCGCUUCCUGUCCCGCUUCCAGAGCCGACUCCGUGGUCCUGCUGCCGCCCUUCGUCCUGCUCCUCUUCCUCCCAGCAUCACCGAGGAGACCAGCAGCCCCUCUCCUGACUCCUCCACAGCCUCCACAGCCUCCACCCAGAACACCACCCAGGCCUCCUUGAAGCAGGUCCCAAUGAAUGGUGUUUCAGAAUCUCUCCCAGAGGACGUCCAAAACACGGUGAGAGAUGUGAAGUUCCAUUCAGUGUCUAUAAAGCGGCGUACCUCAUUAACCCAGCUGGUCCAGCAGAGCCCCAGGGCCCGUCCCCCGCCACGCAGCUCUAAAACCAAAUCUGGGUUACACCGGAGAGAUACUCUGGAAGAUGUGACUGACAAGACCCUGAGGUCUCAGUCCUGCUCCCAGAACACCCCUGCGCCUCCCCCAUCCAGCGCCACCCUGAACUCCUCACAGCCCGGCCCGGACAAGGAGCUCCCGACGCGGCCACCUCGCCAGAGCUACAUGGGCACCACCACCAGCUCCAGAGCCAAGACCAUCUCCCCGACCGAGGAGCACGCUGGGUGUAAGAAUGUGGAGGUGCGAGCCUCAUCCCCAGACCCAGAGGCCAAGGAGAACCUCCCACCUUUUGCCCAGCCCUAUGUAGCUCCGCUCGUUGUGACCCACACUCCCGGCACCACCACCUCAGUGGAGCGUCCUGCACCUCCCAGCGGGCCUGCCCCAGGGCCUCCUGCACCUCCCAGCGGGCCUGCCCCAGCGCCUCCUGCUCCUCCGGGUAACCACAGCGCCAGAGCAGUUCUCCAUCUCGACCUGGCGGUGACCUCUGAUCCUUCUCCCUUCACCUCCGCGUCCCCCCUGGCAUCCAGGAAGUAUCGGAGAAGGACCGUUGACCCUGCACACCAUUCCCUGGUCACACCGACCGAGAUGCGUUCCCUGGGGAAGGAGGCCAAGAGAUGCCUCAGCAGCAUAGAGGACAGCCUGGGGCCCUCACGGCUGCACCCCAGGCACGGCCCCGUCCCCCCUGUGACCUCCACCACCAUGGUCCCGACCCUGCCUCUGGCUCAGCUCACAGAGAGCCCUGUCAAGAGUGCCAGGAUGGGAGAGUCUCUGCCCCACCUACCGGAGGCUGGCCACAGCCCGGUCUCCAAUUCGGCCUGCUCAUUUCCUCUCCAUGACGACUCGGCGGAGGAGACGGUGACCCUCCAACAGUGUCGCCAGGUUGCCGGCCAGCUGAGAGAGACCGUGAGGAGAGCCGUCACAUUCUAUAACAAGGUUUCCCGCCUGUCCAGCGGCACGGACCAGCAGGCCCAAAUGUCGGACAUUUUGAGAGAGGCCUUGGAUGUGGUGCAAAUGGAACUGGACUUGGUGGUUCCCUCGGGUCAGAGGACUGCCGUGGCGGGUCCGUGCGGCCCGCGGCCCCCGGAGGACUCCCCGGGUCGGCAUCUGAGAGACGACCGGACCGUGGCGCUGCUGGAACGCUACUCUGAGAUGCUGCUGCGCCUCGCUGAGAGGAAAAUGGACUCCAACUAGCUGACAGAGGACAAAAGGGAUGUACUAGAAAAACCCUGUGGACUGGUCGGCCACCUGCCUUCAAAUAACCAGAAGAAAAUAGGAAUUCUAGUUGAUUUAAGCCAUUGUGAGUUUGGCAAGUUAACAGGACCACUCAGUCGCCACCAGAAAAACAAUACAUUUAAAACCUCCUGCUUGGAAGUCUUCUCGAGAGCAGCCCCCCCUACAGGAGACCACGCUUCGUUAACUAAUCAGAUGACAAUAAUGACUUGCUUUCACUUUCCCACCUGGCUUUUUUCAAAUAGUCUUCCUUUUAAACUAACAGCACCUUUAAACCUGACCAAACAACUGUGUGUGUGUAUAUUGUAUUUUAACAUGUUUAUUGAUAUUUGUUUUAAACAAUCCUUUUAGUAAGUGUUCAAACGUUGCUCAGCACAGCGUUGGACUGACUGAAAGAUCACUGGUGAACACGCUUCACGAUCUAGUCGCCUAUUUGCUUAAAAUCCCUUUUUAUUUUCAUAUUUAUCUUGAUGUAUAUGUAAUGUUUAUUAAAUGUACACAGUUUCUGUAUUCUUCUUAUUACUUAAUUUAUCCUCUUGUUUAUUCUCAGUUUGUGUUCUCAUUCUGGGUUUACAUCUGGCAUCUGCUUGAAGUUUCUUCUGGUGUGGUAUCCUAACGGCAUUUCAGAAUAGGACUACUGAUCUAGGAUCUGUUCAUCUUUGUAGAUAAUGAAUAUUAUUUAUGUAGAAAGGUCCUAGACUGGGAACUCCUAACAGUUGACUGCUCUGUGGAUAUGGCCCCUGUGUUUCUUGCCAUGUAGCUGUGGAAACUUUUUAAACAGGAUUUAGUGAGGAUCUAAUCAACCCCUGAGGGGUAAUUAAGCCGCAACCCUCAGUGUUUUAAUGUUAAACUGUCAUUACUACAGCAUAAAAUGUUACCUGUAUCUUGUCCAGGUAUUUGAGUGCAUUUUAUUUGAUAAUGAAGAGUUGUCUCUCGAUCAAGCAGUCAAGUUGAAAUGCAGUAUUAAAAGUUUAAUUUUAGUUUUUGUUUACGUCUGUUCCUGUCUAAGUUGUAGCCAGCAAACAACUGUUUUCACUUUAUUUUUUCAAACAUAUUGUUACAUGGUGCCUUGUCAGAAAGUCCACUAUGGGCCAAGACAAACCAUAGGCUCACUGAGGUUUGUGAUCUGGACCAUGCAUGGAUAACGGUACAUUUGUCCACAGACUAUUUUGAAAUUAAGGUACCAUCUAACUUUGAGCUGAAAAUGUAGGGAAAUUAUCAUUUAAGUCCUUAUUCCCUUAUGGCCUGUUUCCCCGAAAUAGUGUGUUUUCUCAUGGGUAUAACUGUGAUUUUGCAGCUUGCAGUCCUCAGUGUUUAAUUGUAUAUGGUUUGUAGUUAAAUGGUUACAUUUCAAUAUAAAUAAUUGGUAAUGUUUUACCCUUCUGCUUUUGCAUUCAGACAAAAUGUCUAUUUUAGUAAGAAUUUGUAAUAAACAUGUUUUAUCUUGA